AUGCCCAACCUACGCAUUGAACCGACCGCGGAAGCUCACGUCGCCCACUACUACCGCUUGAUCGAAGUCAUCAAGGGUGAGGCCGACGUAGAGCCACGUCUCCUGCCCGUAACUCGUGGCGAAUGGCUGUCGUGGGCCAACUGCGUUCGUUGGAUGCUCUGCGGUCUCUUCGAGUCCUACUGCAAGGCGGUCACCGAUGACCCGAACUCUGUCCCUUCGCCGUACUCCUUCAACGACGUCGUCGAGGUCAUGAACUACAUCGACAAGAUCUUCCAGCGCUACAAGCUGCCUCACGACUCAUUGGGCGCACCCUAUCCGACCAUCGCCUGGUCCGAGGAGUCCGUCCUGCAUCGCCAGGCUGUUGACAAGCCUCUGGCUCCAGUCUCCUACCAACUCGACCCACUGUAUGUGCCGGAGUAUCGCCGCUUGCCCGACAACUUCAAUCACUUGGCUAACGCCGUCCACCGCCUGAGCGAGGACCAGCAGGAGAUUCGUAGGAUUCUCGGGUCGCUCUCUACGAGUGUCGCCGAACUGGGAGGGCGCGAGCGAGGCAUUAACUUCGGCGAGCCUGUUCGAGACGCGGUCGGUCGUAGGGGAGGUUUCCGAGGUCGUGGUCGUAGCACUGGAGCCUUCGUGGGACGGGACUUCCGCUAG